AUGAUACAAGAAUACCCCAUUGGAGAUGCGGAUGCGGGACAGCCCAGAUGGGUCCAGGAAUAUUGUGAUGCGGAGCUAUGCGAGGGUAUUCGUGAAUACUCAUACGGACAAGCUGGUCUCUGUCCCGUCUUGAUCGGUGACAUUUUAGGAGGUAAAAAUAUGCAGGAUGGAAAAAACUGUUCUUUCGAAGUUAUUGGAAAACUUGGCCAUGGCUCAUACUCUACUGUGUGGCUGGUCAGAAACAAGGAAACUGGAGUAUAUCAUGCUCUCAAGAUUUUGAGAUCAGAGCACAGCUCUGCUAAUAAUAUUGAGCUAAAAAUCCUGAGGGAUAUCGAUGCCCUUCAGUUUUCUUUCUUCUAUACUCAUGUGCCGACGAAUAGGCGGCACCUUUGUCUCGUGAUGCAACCGUCUGGGUGCACACUUGCACAAAGGAGCUGGGCUAGUGACGAGUACGAGGUGCUCGGUUGUCCAUGGGAUGUUGCUUCUAUAUCCAUGUUCACGGAAGCACUCUUGGUAAAAGUAUUUUCGUUUCAUGAACUGGGGAUAUAUCACGGAGGUACGAACAGUCUCCCCGCCUUGAACAACAGAGAACAGUUACAGUUUUUGACUAACAUACUUACGCUGCCAUUAGAUCUCAGUCCCGGAAAUGUUACCCUGGGUGUAUCCGAAGAUGCUUUCACUCCUGAAGCCAUGCAGAAGACAUUUGGGAGGGACUUGCGGGGUACAGUGUUCCUGGCACUCCCCCCUCGGUCAAAACCCCAGCCCCCUAUUCCCCCAUGCCUUCCAGCUUACAUCACACGCCAUGAGCAUCCCUUGGCUUCUGACGGAUGGGACUUCUCUUUGCUGGAAAUCAUAGACUUUGGACAAGGGGGUCAGUUUGAUUUGUUUGCCUCAACUCUCAAUUGGUAUCGCACGCUAAAAAUUUUAACAGGUUAUGAAUCCAGGAAAACUAAGUUGAUGGGCACACCGUAUUAUCUCCCACCUGAGCACAAUAAUCCAAAAGCUCUAGCAUCUAUUCAAUCGGAUUUAUGGAGCUUGGGCUGCGUUCUCUUCUAUGGCUUGAUGCACGAGCAUCUAUUCUGGCUAGAUGGGAGUCUAGAAAAAUAUCUUGCUGCCAAUGAUGAGGGGCAAGCAUCUAUCAUUGAUGGCCGGCUAAAAGGCCACCCCGUCUUUCAAGAGCAUAUCCAGUACAGGAAAAUUACAAGCAAACUACUUCAGUCUCUUAUACGAGCAGAUCCCAGAAAACGAGACAAGCGAAGGGCAAAUGAGCUACUGGAUAAGUUGAUAGAUUAUGCGAAUGAGCACCUGGAUUAG